AUGGGCCAUUCAGCGGAGACUCUAAGCGACCUGCAAGUCUGCAGAGCGCUGAAGGGCUGCAUUGCUGAGUUCCUGGCUUACCAUGGGCUUCAAACCACUCUCAAGGCGAGCCAUCUUUUCCUCAUGAGCUCUCUCUUCGCAUCACCUUCCUUUGAGGAGGAGUUCUACACCAAGCGCAUCGCCAACGCGUCUACUCUUGCCAUCCCCUUCGAAGCCAAGACCGCCUUUCUCCAGUUUUUCAAAGCGGGGGACGGCCCCUCGUUCUUCACUCUCUGGGCUGAGCAUGCCCCCCCUGACAGCAGCAAAGCAAUGCUCAGUCUGCGACUGGAGCUGCACUCGUACUUCCUAGUCUGGGGGCCCACAAAUGGGGGGGUAAAAGAAGGGUUUGAGAGCUUUCUGGGGGAAAGCGGGGGACAGCUGGCGCUGGAGAAAGACCAGUUGCAUUACUUUGCGCUGCCGCACGUGACGGAGCCGCAGUCGCACCCACUCUUUCAGGAGCUCUUCACUGUGGAGUGGCGCGAGGCCCUGCGUCAGAAGCUGGAAGCUUUUCUCGACUACCGCGAUCCCACGAAGAUGACGCCACUUCUCCACGAUAUGUACCGCGAUUUCCACACGCGACUCGCAGAGGAAUUUGGCGACCCAGCGAUUGCGUCGAGCUUCGAGCUGGCGGAAGCAGAUGCGAUGGGCGCUUUUCCACUGGGCGCUUCACCAGGGGAAGAGGCUGGUGUGAAAGGGCUCUCUGGUGGGGCCAACGUUGGAACGGGGGAAAGUGGCGGCUUGGGGAGUCAGGGUGACGUCAGAACCUCGACGCGCAGGAGCAUGAUAGACUGGCUGAGAAAGCUGGAGCGGGGGGGCCAGGAAGGGCAACUUGCCGGGGCUAAUCAGCCCCCCCGGAAAGGUUCCGCGGCGGAGCCGACUGUCAAGCCGCUUGUGAGUGGCAAAAAUUUGCUCGAAGAUGGGAAUGGGUUCACGGGACAACGGAUUGUUGCCAAAAUGGUGGCAGAAGACCGGGGCGGCUUCUUCUCUUCGGGGCAACAGUUGCAGCAGGGACUGAUGCUCCCCGUCUCGGGCCGCCCGCUGAGCGCCCGAACUCGGCGUCAUCUGCUGACGUCAUCUGCUGACGUGGCGCGGCAGAGCACGGACUCUAUUCUCAGCAGACAGGACGAACGAGCAGAUCGUGACGGGUCGCCCGCCAACAAUACUGUUAAGCGGCCCCUUAGUGCGUCGAUGAGUGUGGAGUCCGCAGCCGCUUUAUUCGGGCGGGCGGCUUUGUCGGGUUCAUCCGAACAGAGGACGGGGCAGAAUGCAAGUAUAGAAAGGGGUCAGGGGCUGAGUGGAUGGCAAGGCAAGCCCGGGUCCGUUUCUCAGUCCCUGGCGUUUACUCCGCGCGAGGGGGAGGGAUCGGAGUCAAGGCCGAUGACCGGAAAUGUCAAGCGGCCGCCGAAGAUGCCUCUUAUUCAAGUGGGCUUAGAUUUGAUGAAAGUUGCGGAACAGGGGGGAGCGAAGUUGAGGGGCGACGAGGAGACCAUUGACAGGAGUCCGUCCCCCAAGGUCCGAACCCCUUCCUUGUCUACAGUGCUGUACCCAGUCGCUCCCAGCCGAACCAAGAAGCUGAGCCGGACCAACUCUCUCGGACGCCCCGACGCUGCCACCCGGACUUCCGAACUGUCCGCACAGAGAGCCCACCGGGGCAGUCGGAGCAUGGACCUUUCGGACGCCCGGUUAAAUCUCUCGGACGCCCGGUUGGAUCGUUCGGACGCCCAAUUGGACCUUUCGGACGCCCGGUUGGGAUUUGGGGCAACCGAGGGACUCCAACCAGGGCCUUCUGCGGAAACGUUGAGGCUCGAUGGGCGGUCGGGGCAGCUCUUCGGGGGGGUUGGGGAGGACGUGCGGGACUCGUUCCAGGCCCUGUGCAAUGCGCACGAAGUGGUCCGGCGAAGCACCCACCUGACCCUAGACAGCAUCGAGGACGACGUGAAUGAAGGUGCUGACGUCAGCGUUGCUAAUGUUGCCAUGGACUACGAUAAGAUCCGGCAUACUCUUUACGGAGGGUCCGACCAGGACGUGGCCGCCCUGCUGCAGGACAUCGCAAAGCGAUUACUUAGCUCGCCAAAGACCUUUCAAGAAACGCUCGGCGGCGAUCCGUUCUGUUUCCUGACCGGACGGAAGCAGCAGCGGCCUCUGCUGGCGCUGCUCGUGGAGCGCGGCGGUGGCGUUACGCGGCCGCUUGCGCGCGCGCUCAACGUGCUCGCGAGCGAAGAGUCUGGGCGAGGAUACCUCUUAACGAAUGAAGCGGUCAUUGUUGAGACCCUGGUCCGGAUAACGCGCUUGGGGUGCGCCGAUCCGGAGGCGGCAGAAGCGUUGCACGACGGUUUGGAGGCCCUGCAGAAGCUGAGCGAAGGGCGUUCCGUCCAGAAGCUGAUGAUCCGGCACGGGAUCGUUGUCGAUCUGACGUCACUUAUCAGCGGGCGCGCGCGCGGCGCGCUCGACGAGUACGGGCUCGAGCACGCGCUCGCGCUGCUGAUGACGCUGUCGCUGCGCGCGGCCGGGAAGCGCGCGUGCGAGGCCGCGGCCGCGGAGCUCCUCGAGGCGCUGAUGGAACUGCUCGAGAGCGACAGCCCACAAGUACGCACCUUCGUCAACGGUACCCUCUACUCCCUCCUCUCGCGGCCCGAGAUCCGCGCAGCUGCGCGCGAGAUGGACCUCCCCGCGCUGCUGCGCGCGGUCGUAAAGGGCGCUGACGCCACGUGUGCGCGCCAGAUUGGCCACGUGCUGACGCAGAUGCACGGGGCCGCGGACGCGGCCGAGACGUCCGAUUCGGGCGACAGCUCGGGCGGCGAGGUUUUGGAGCCCGCCAGGGUAAACGACCCAAGAUCCACCAAAUCAGCCUCGGCGCGGCACUCCCCCUCUGUCUCCCGCGUCGAACUCGGCGGCGAGAGCGGGCGCGGCGCUCAAAGCCAAGAAACUGAGCACCACCUGAAACCCUUGAGCCCCAACGUAUGCGGAGCUUCGGAGCGGAAUGACGCCGCCCUUGCGUCAGGGACCAAAGCUACGGGGGCUUCAGCGAAGGCCUCCGGCGCGACUAACGGACAAGGAGCUCACAGAGAAAGUGUUGAAAACUUGCCUGCGCAGCGGGGCGGCAAAAGACGGGGGGACUCCGAGGUGCGCCGAAGCACCGUCACGGAACAAGGAAAGCGGCCGGCAAACGUUCGGGCCUCUGCGGAAGCGUUUGCGGCUCGGCCGAAAGUACCAAGGACGCCCGAGCUACACAGUAGGUGA